AUCACCUAUAAAACCCACCUCCUCCUCCUCCUCCUCCUUCAAGCCUACUACCUCCUCCUUCAUCUUCGUCUCCAUGGCCUCCCUCUUCGUCCUCUCUCUUCUCUCCCUCUCCCUCCUCCUCUCUCCCUCCCCCUCCGCCUCCGCCUCCGCCUCCGCCCGCCUCCCCCACCAGCCCCCUUCCUCCCCUUCUUCCUCUUCCCCGGAGAUCCUGCGAGCCUGCAAGUCCACCAGAUUCCCCGACCUCUGCGCCUCCAGCCCUACCGCCUCCCCCCCCGCCCCCUCCUCCCUCGACCUCCUCCUCUCCGCCAUCCAGAUCUCCUCCGACCGCCUCGCCUCCGCCCAGUCCAUGGUCGACUCCAUCCUCUCCUCCUCCGCCGGUAACAUCAACCGCACCACCGCCGCCAGGAACUGCGCCGAGGUCCUCACCUUCUCCCGCCGCCGUACGGAGUCGGCGACCGGGGAGGCGCUCCCCGGCGGCCGUACCAAGGACGCCCGCGCCUGGCUCUCCGCCGCCCUGCUGUACCAGUACGACUGCUGGUCGGCCCUCAAGUACGCCAACGACACGAGCCAGGUCGACCGCACCAUGGCGUUCUUGGACACCUUGACGAUGUUGACCAGCAACGCCCUCAGCAUGCUCGUCUCGCUCGACCGGUUCGGGAAGGACACCGCCGCGUGGAGGCCGCCGGCGACGGAGCGAGACGGGUUUUGGGAGGACGGUCUCGGCGGCGGCGGCGGCGGGGGGUCGGGCCUGGGGUUCGACGGCGGGGUCCCGCCGGGCCUCACGGCGGACGCCACGGUGUGCAAGGACGGGGGCGGCGGGUGCUACGCGACGGUGCAGGACGCCGUCGACGCCGCGCCGCAGAACGUCGGCGCAGGGAAGAGGUUCGUGAUCCACAUCAAGGAAGGGGUGUACGAGGAGACGGUCAGGGUUCCGUUCGAGAAGAAGAACGUCGUCUUCUUGGGGGACGGCAUGGGCAAAACCGUCAUUACGGGGUCGUCGAACGUGGGGCAACCUGGGAUUUCCACCUACAACACUGCCACCGUUGGAGUGCUCGGCGACGGAUUCAUGGCGAGCGGGCUCACGAUCCAGAACACCGCGGGUCCGGAUGCCCACCAGGCAGUGGCGUUCCGGUCGGACAGCGAUUUCUCGGUGGUCGAGAACUGCGAGUUCCUAGGAAACCAAGACACCCUCUACGCCCACUCCCUCCGGCAGUACUACAAGUCCUGCCGCAUCGAGGGCAACGUGGACUUCAUCUUUGGGAACUCGGCAUCCUACUUCCAGGACUGCCAGAUCCUGGUCCGCCCCCGGCAGGUCAAGCCCGAGAAGGGCGAGAACAAUGCGGUGACGGCCCAUGGCCGGACUGACCCAGCGCAGUCGACGGGCUUCGUGUUUAAUAACUGCUUGGUCAACGGCACGGAGGAGUACAUGGCGCUGUACCGGAGCAAUCCCCAAAAGCACAAGAACUUCCUGGGGAGGCCGUGGAAGGAGUACUCAAGGACGGUUUUCAUCCAGUGCAACCUUGAGGCCCUGAUCACGCCCCAGGGCUGGAUGCCCUGGAGCGGGAAUUUUGCCCUGAAGACACUCUAUUACGGGGAGUUCAAGAACACCGGGCCAGGGUCCGAUGCGUCGAGCAGAGUGUCGUGGAGUAGUCAGGUCCCAGCCGAACACGUCGAUACCUACUCGGUGAAGAGUUUCAUUCAAGGAGAUGAGUGGAUUCCAACAUCUUCUUGAUCCGAGAGGAUAGAGAGAGAAAGUUAAUAAAAUCAAGAUUUCUAGCCUAGCGACAAGUUGAGAUGGGGAAAUUUUUCGAACCCGUGACACCGCAGGUCUCACCCAUUCGAUGUACAUGAAAAGUUAUCAAAGUUGUCUUAGUUUCAUUAAAUCAAGUAGUGGCAUCGGCUGAUUUGAUCAAGUUAACAACCUGGGUGAGUGGAAUUACAUACAUUGUCCAUUGAAGGAUGUGUUGGGUUCAUGAAUAGAGCAAGACAGCAGUGUUUGGUUCU